AUGUACUCAGGUACCCCUGGGUCUGGUGGGGACUCCAUCUGGUCGACGGUGACGGUCAGGUGCGGUACUGCUUCGUUCCCAUGGAGCGGUCCGCCUGUACCCCGCCUGGUGACGCCUCACAACCUGCUGUGGCUGUGUGUCCUCAGACCGGGAAACAUCUUCCUGCCAGAGGACUUCAGUGAUCAUGACAGGUUGAACCAGGAGGCCGGAGUCGCUGGCAUGACAGACUUCCUGGAAGAGUUACAGAAACGACCCGAAUUGAUUGGUGAUGACAUCAUGCAGCCUCAAGAUGGCUGCCCUCAGAUGAAGCAACAGCAACAACAGCAGCAGCAUCAGUUGUCCCCUCAACCUCUGUACAUUAUGACCUUUGACCUGUUGGUGAGGUACCAGGACUCGGCUCUGGGACAGCUCUGUGUGGACAGUAACGUGGAGGGCAGCAGGCUGCAUCUCUCUGGCAACGGGGUGGUCUUCCAGCACGUGGAGAACUGGUUAGGGACGAGUCGUGUCCCGCUGACAGAGAGGCAGUGUGAGCUGCCGGGGUUGUGUGAGUACCUGGACAGGCAGGAUGAGGCCUACCACACCUUCAGAGAUGCACUGUGGGAGUUCCUACACAGGACCAGAGGCA